UCGUCGUCGCCGCCGCCCUUCCACCUCCUCGACAUCGGCUGCGGGUCCGGGAAACUGACGCGCGCCUUCGCGGCGCAUUUCGCCGCAGCGGGCUUCCCCGCCGCCCGGGUCACGGGCGUGGACAUCUCGGCGGCAGUCCUCGUGAGCGCGCGCGCCCAGGCCGAGGCCGAGGGUUUCGGGCCGAACGUCCGGUUCUUACGGGCGGAUCCUAAAGGCGGAGGAUUGCCCUUUGAAGAGUCCCGGUUCGACGUCGUCCACUGCCACCAGGUCCUCGCGCACGUGUCGCGGCCGGCGGACGCGAUCGCGGAGAUGAUCCGCGUGGUGAAGAAGCGCCGCACCGGACCUCCCCCCGGCGGCCUGAUCUGCCUCCGCGAAGGCGACCUCACGACCGUCCGCGUCACGCCCGCCUCCCCGCUCCUCGAGGAGUGCUUCGGCGUCAUCUGCGCGGCGCACAGAUCCCAGGGCGGCGAGCCCGCGGCGGGGAGGCACCUGGCGGAAUGGGCGCGGGAGGCGAUCGCUAGAAAACGAUGGGGAGAAGGGGGACAGCGAGGGAAGGAGGAGAAGAAGAAGAAGAAGAAGGGGAAGAAUGCCGAGGCCGAUCGCGAGGCUUACGGGGGCCACUGGCCGGGACGCUGUCGGCAGGGGAUGUUCUUCGAGGCGGCGGCGGCGAUGGGAGUGCCGAGCGGUCGGAUGGAGGAAUAUGCGUUGGCGUGGAGGAGGUGGAUUGAGGAUCCGAUGGCCCGCAUCGAGAUGGUGCAUGCGGAGGUUCUGAUC